AUGUCGACCUUCACAUCCCUCACUGCCCUAAAGCCAUUCAAAACUCAAUGGAGGAUCCGUGUCAAGAUACUGAAGUUGUGGAAACAGUAUUUGAAUGGGAUCGAGACGAUGGAGAUGGUCGCUGUCGAUGAACUGAAUCAAACUAUGCAUGUUAGUAUGAAGAAGCAGUUCAUAAAAAAAUUUGAAAAUCUUCUAGAGGAAGGAAUUACUAAGAUCAUCACUAAUUUUCAAGUCACUCACAACGGUGGUAAGUUCAGGACUACUUCUCAUGUUUACAAGAUCCAGUUUGCUGCCACGACGUCUAUCAGACCUUCUGAAGAUCUGGAUGCCACAAUUCUUGGGUUGAAGUUGGUGAACUUCGCUGAUAUUCACGAGGAUAUUGUUGGACAAAUUGUUAGUAUUGGUGAGGUUGAGAUUCUUUACGUUAACAAAAAACUGACCAAACUUUUAACAAUGACACUUCGUGACACCAGCUUACCAAAAGAUGAUGUGACUUUGUCAUACACACACCCUAACCAAUUGACAAUUGUCAAUUCUGUUUCUGUAAGAGAUGAUUUCUUCUUACAUACCCCUCGCCGGACAAUAAGUGAAAUACUUGGUGCAUUUGAGGUUGAAAAAUGUGUGACUAUGGCUACCAUCAUGUCUAUUGACACUGAGUUUGGAUGGUACUAUAUGUCAUGCAAAGUAUGCUCUAAAAAGGUGCUUCCUCUUGAUAUGGAUUUGUUGAAAGAGCAAUAUCCUGGUAGGCCAUUUCCUAAACAGUUGUGGAAAUGUGGCAAAUGUAAGGAUGAUGUUGAAAGUGUCGUACCAGCGUUUAUGCUGACUUUCCGUGUUAUGGACAACACUGGCGAAACAAAGUUCUUACUCUUUGAUAAGCUUGCCAUGGAAGUUGUAAAUCAAACAGCUGCACAAUUGACUGAAUCUAUGGAAGAGAUCCAAGAUCCAGAUGUACUCCCUCUUCCAAUUAGUAACAUUUGUGGGAAAACUUUUCUGAUCAAGCUAUCUAUUGAGAGUUCAAACAUCGUUUUCAACAGUGAUGUUUACAAAGUUACAAAGAUUGUGACCCAAAGUGACAUGGUCAAAGAAUUCUCAGAAAUAUCCAGAUUUUUGACUACCCCUGAUGUCAAGUCUGAGGAAAUGGGGUUUAUAACUCCCGAUGAACAGGUUGCUAAGAUGUUACUUGACAUUGGCGACGAUGAUAAUUCACCACAGUCAAAAAGGAAAAGCGAUGAGAUAAUUGACUUUGAUGAUCAUAAUGGAGAGCAGUCUACUUCUAAGAAAGCUGCUAAUGGCGACAUGAAGGCUUUGGCGAGUGAAGUAAAGAUUCAUCUGAAGCCUGUUAAGAAGGAGAAAGUUGAUGACUGA